CAGCCUUGCAUUCAGGCUGGCGCUGGGAUGAGCUGUGCAAGGCCAGCUGGCUGUUCCUCUCACUAGAGCAUUGCUGCCCAGCAGCCUGGGACAGACAGCAGGGUGUUUUUUGGGGAGUUGGGUUUCAAUGGCCACCCGGACUAGCAAGAAGCAAGGACUGCUCAUAUGGACAGCUCAUUUUUAUCGUGUGCAGAGUCGGCUUUGUAGUGGGAUGUUGAAAUGUGACACAAUGCCUGUUUGUUUGCAAUAGCUGCAACUCUCGUAGCAGAGAUUCAAGUGGGAAACAGAGAGGGAAUCCAGAGACAAACCAGCGGGGGAUUUAGGAACUGUGACGCCGAGUCCUCUCUCCUAUGCCGGAGCAAGCAAAGGAAAGAGAGGUAGAGGAAAAAAGACUGAACCUUGCAACAGCCGUCACCCUGACGAUGUGUCAGUCAAACACCCUGCAGGGACCAGAGCUCCACACAGGGAAAUGGCUGCGCUCAGGGAACGGCGGCAGCAGCAGCUGUGCCGGGGACCAGCACCCACAGCUGGAGAGUCCAGGCCCAGCUGGCUCUGCCGGUGGGACACCAAAUAGGAGAACUCGUUUCAGGUUGCAAUUCCCCCAGCUGGCCCUGAGGCGAAGGUUGGGCCAGCUGAGCUGUAUGUCUAGGCCUGCUCUGAAACUCCGUUCUUGGCCUCUGACUAUUCUCUAUUACCUUCUGCCUUUUGGUGCUCUUAAACCCUUGACCAGAGUGGGAUGGAGGCCUAUGAGCAGGGUCGCCCUGUACAAGUCGGUCCCAACGCGGCUGCUCUCACGAGCCUGGGGUCGCCUGAACCAGGUGGAGCUGCCCACGUGGCUGCGGAAGCCGGUGUACAGCCUGUACAUCUGGACCUUCGGGGUGAACAUGAAGGAGGCAGCUGUGGAGGACCUGCAUCACUACAGGAACCUCAGCGAGUUCUUCCGCAGGAAGCUGAAACCACAGGCACGGCCGGUCUGCUGUGUGCACAGCGUGAUUAGUCCCUCUGAUGGAAAGAUCCUUAAUUUCGGACAGGUAAAAAAUUGUGAAGUGGAGCAAGUAAAAGGGGUCACUUAUUCUCUGGAAUCUUUCUUGGGACCUCGCAUCUCCACAGAGGAAAUGCGUUUUAGCCAGGCCCCACAUGGUAACUCUUUUCAGCAACAACUGGUCACAAAGGAGGGGAAUGAGCUCUACCACUGUGUAAUUUACCUUGCACCAGGGGAUUAUCACUGCUUCCACUCGCCCACGGACUGGACAGUGUCACACCGACGGCAUUUCCCAGGCUCUCUGAUGUCUGUCAAUCCUGGAGUUGCUCGCUGGAUCAAGGAACUGUUCUGCCACAAUGAACGGGUUGUCCUUACAGGUGACUGGAAACAUGGCUUCUUCUCAUUAACAGCUGUAGGAGCAACAAACGUGGGCUCCAUCCGCAUCUACUUUGACCAGGACUUGCACACGAACAGUCCAAGUUACUCUAAAGGUUCCUACAAUGACUUCAGCUUCAUAUCCAACAACAACAAGGAAGGAAUCCCCAUGAGGAAAGGGGAACAUUUAGGGGAAUUUAACUUAGGCUCUACGAUCGUGCUAAUCUUUGAGGCACCCAAGGACUUCAGAUUCAACCUCAAAGCUGGACAGAAAAUCCGCUUUGGAGAAGCACUGGGCUCUCUAUAGGAACUGUCUCAGCAAGAAGAUUUUCUAUAAAAAGGGACACUCUUCACACCACUGAGUGUUUCAUUUAUCAAGUUUGUAUCACUCAGCAGGACCUGGGUGAGGAGGAAAAAAAGAUGUCACUGCUGCAUUAAACUUGAAAGUAUUUGGUCUACAUUUACCUGCUGCUGAAUGUAGAAACUGAAUUGAAUGAUCAUGGAUGUAUUGGGUACAGCUGCCUUUAAAGAUGUUGCCCAUGGUGGUUUCAGGCCCACCCUGUGCCUGUAGUCUUUCAUGUUCUCCCCUGAAUGUGCCACAGGAUAAUUAUGUUCUUAGAGCCUCUAAGUUCCUUUUAAGCCUUCCUAGGCAGGUGCAGUGGGAAAGGGUGGAGGUAGAGAUUACCUGUAUUAAAGGGACACUGACAGGCUGAGUCAGACCUUGUACCUUGUAUCUACAGUAUCUGUUUUUCAGACCUUGAGUAAAGAAUAUAUUCUCAUAUUUAUUUUAUUCUAAGAAACUCCACCCAAAUUCCUAGACAAAAGCAGUCUCUGAAUGCACAGAUGGCCAAACAGUGAAAUUUGCUGGUGUGGCUUCAUGGCCCAAACAAAGCAAAAUGUACAACAGUCAGUCAGUACAAUGAGGGACACUCAUCCUGAGUUUUGUACUGUUAGACAACUUUAGUUCUUUUGUCAGACAUUGUCCCUUCAAAAAUGGACUUUGCACUGUAUUUUAAACCUGAAAACAGUGUCUACAUUCCAGACAACGGAACUUGUCAUCUUGCAAUUUUCUUUUUUUUAAAGAUAGACAAUGCUCUGUGUCCUCUUCCUAAUCCAUUGUUUUAUUUUGCUAUUCCAGGCCUUAAAGUUUUUGUCUUGAUGAAAGACAGUUAACUUCACCUCUUGGAUUAAGGAGUUAGAAGACACAGGGCAUAUUUUUGCUGGGUGAUGUGAUGACAACUAAAGUAAGCCUUUUCUUUCUGCUAGGUAUCUUGUUACUUUGUCACUAAAUUCUUGAAGAAUUAGUUCCUCUGUUAAAGGACAGCUACAGCUACUUCAGGACCAAUUUUUAUUGUACUGACUGAAAUGCCCUAUGCACUGACUGUGUUUAAAGUAUUUAUGGCUCUUUAAAGAAAUCCCCUGUUGCUUCCCAGGUGCCAGUCUGGCCCUCCCUUGACUGGGCAACAACUUCAUCUUAUUCAAAAUACAAAACAAAAAACCACACUGGCUCUGACUUGUACCCUCAUACUUAAUGCUAGGAAUGUGCUGGGGCUGAAAUCUUUGUGCUGAAGCUUAAUCCACUGUAAAAUUUUAAAGCCUCUUUGUGACUUCACAUCAAGAAGAAUUAAAAUCUAACACCUUGGAUCUACUGCAUGUGGCACUGACAAAAACCACUGCCAAAGUGAAGAGGAAUUGAGUUUUAAAGCAAUGUACAAAUUGGUUUUUGAGAAUAAACUGUUUCAAGUCCCAGCACUCAAACAUUUAGAACUGAUUUUGCUAUCCAGAGCUUGUUGGAGUGGACAUGCUUAUGAAACCUACCUUUGUGCUUUCUGAAAGAUUUCUCAUACUACUUCCUUGCUUGAGCUACUUUUCUGCUACUUCAAGAAGAUGACAGGCUUUGAUGAGCUCUGAUCUCCUAAAGAAACCCUUCUUUGUAUGCACUGCAGAAAAUAGAAUAUAAUUUUGUUGUACAAAUGUCCAGUUUGCCAAGUCCUGUAUGCUUAGCUUGUCAUCGGGAAGGAAGGGAUGAUGAACUGCCUCUAAGUGAUGUAGCCCAGGCAUGAGUCAGACGAGGGUGGCUGUUUGGGUGACAAGCAGGAGAAAAUUCAUUUGGCUCCAGGAGUCAGUGUUUCCUCACACAGGGAGGAGUUUGAAAGCUUGAAGUGGCUCUCAGCCACCUAUCUUGUUAAAAUUCUUGGUAUUAGCAAGUUUACUCCUGCAGCAGUAUAGUACCACAUACAAGUCUUUUAAAACCUUUGAGAGUGAGAAAAGAGUAAGGCAAAUAUCAGUCCCAAGAGGAUAAAGUUAGGGUGAGCUUUUUGAUUGAAUUUCAAUGUCAUGUUAACAAGAGAAUGCAAAUUUGUUCCAGUGGAUGAGAGAAAAAGACAACUGAAUCUUUUCCUUCUUUUCCACUGGGGUCUAUGGCAUCCAGACAAAGCCAAAGGAAGUUAAAGCUUUAAUUUCUUCCUACGUAGCAGCAUCAUCCAUAGUAUCUGAAGGUAAAUAUUAGCCUAGUGAUGGAGGAUGGGUUGCUUGAUGUUUGCUUUAUUAGAAAUCUCAGAAGGAAGAGAGGAUUCAGCAUGCAAGUGGCUGUUGUUAUGAUGGUUUAAAUACUGUGCAGAGCGAGCUAAUAAACCAGCAUUGCUUGUGAUGCAGGGGCAGCAAUGCACCCCAGGAGUGAAAAAGUUCCUCGAGGGUACUGAUAAUGCUGUGAAUUUCUCCUGCAUGGAGAAUCCAUUUAAUUCAACUGUAUCAGUAGCACGGUAUUUUUGUAUGUCAAAGUGUAUGACUUACUGACAUGAACUCAUUUAAUUGCAAACAUUUUGAAAUAAAGAGUCUUAUCUGUGUUGCUUA